GUCAUUUCGAUCUACAUUCAAAUUCAAAUUAUAAAGUUUCAGUUUCGCAACGGUCACCGUCCUCAACUCACUCACACUCGUCUCCUUCUCCUCUCUCUCUCUCUCUUUCUCCCUCUCCGCCGCUCCGAUUCAAAUAUCGAAACCGACAAGGCAUUUUUCCUUCCUAUCUCGGGAAAAAUCACCGGCGACCAACCAAACACAGCCGACCACGAGAUCCACCAUGGAGACCGGCGGCAGCGACAGUCGGUUCCUGGGAAACUUAUCGGCCUCCUCUUUCAGGAAUUUGCUUCCUAGAUCCAUCUCUUCCAAGAAGAAGCACAGGUCCAAGCUCUUCCGCAGCGAGAACAAUCCUCCUUUGCACCCCAACAUUCAAAUCAGCGACCCCCCGCUCUCCCCUUCACUUCCAAAACCCUUGAAAUCCACCAAAUCGCUCGAAUCCGAUAUUCAGCCCGCGAUUCCCUCCUCGCCGGGCCUCCCCACCGUCCAGAAGGUCGAGGUUGCGGAAACAGUGGAGAAGAACGAAGUAUCGGAAGCUUCAGAUCCAUCCGUGAAGGUUGUAGUGAGAAUUAGGGCUUCGAAUGACCCAAGAAUUGAGCGCAAUCGAACAGUGAGGAAGGAUUCUUCAGAUUCACUGUCGAUUGGUGAUAGAAACUUCACGUUUGAUUCUGUUUUGGACUCCAAUUCAACCCAGGAAGAUGUGUUCCGGGAAGUUGGAAUUCCGUUGGUCCAGAGUGCAUUGGCUGGGUACAAUGCUUCUAUCUUGUCUUAUGGACAGACUGGAAGUGGGAAAACCUACACAAUGUGGGGUCCUCCAAGCGCCAUGGUUGCGGAUCCUUCACCCAGCAGUCACGAGGGGAUUGUUCCUCGGAUUUUCCAAAUGUUGUUUGAUGAGAUUCAGAAAGAGCAAGAUAGCUCUGAAGGAAAGCAGAUUAAUUACCAGUGCAGGUGCUCUUUCCUUGAGAUAUACAAUGAUCAAAUUGGGGACUUGCUUGAUCCAGUUCAGAGGAACCUUGAGAUAAUGGAUGAUCCCAAAAAUGGAUUGUUCGUGGAGAAUUUGACUGAGGAGUACGUGACUAGCUAUGAGGAUUUAGCUCAAAUGUUAAUCAAGGGGCUUUCGAGUAGAAAAGUUGGAGCAACAAGCAUAAACUCUAAGAGCUCUAGGUCUCAUAUCGUGUUCACUUUCAUCAUUGAGUCCUGGUGCAAGGGGACGUCGUCAACAUGUUUUGGCAGUUCAAAGAUGAGCAGAAUUAGUUUCGUAGAUCUUGCUGGACUAGACAGGAAUAAACCUGAUGAGGCUGGGAGGCAGCUAGUCAGGGAAAGCAAACAUGUGAAGAAGUCGCUCUCUCAGCUUGGACAAAUCGUGAGCAGUCUUGCAAAAGAAGCUCAACCUGGAAAGUCCAGAGGUGUUCCUUAUGAAGAGUCCUGCUUAACACAUUUGCUUCGAGAGUCACUAGGAGGAAAUGCCAAGCUGACAGUUAUCUGCAACAUCUCUCCUGAUAAAAGGAAUGACAAUGAGACCUUAAGGACACUUCGAUUUGGACAGCAAAUCAGGUCGAUCCAAAAUAGACCUGUAAUAAAUGAAAUAUCUGAGGAUGAUGUAAAUGAUUUGAGUGAUCGGAUACGCCAACUCAAGGAGGAGCUCAUCAGGGCAAAAUAUGACACAUGUAAAUCAGCUGGAAGUACAAGUGGUUACUUCAGGGGGCGGAGUGUGCGUGACAGCUUGAACAGCUUAAGAGUUAGCCUGAACCGCUCUUUAAUGUUGCCCAAGAUUGAUAUAGACGAUGAUGAGAUUAACAUUGCCAGUGUGGAUGACGUAAUGGAACUGCAUAACCAUCUCAAGAAGCUCCGGAUUUCAGGCGAGGAGAACUUAACAGAUGUAUCAGACAACAGGGAUUCAGUGCAUUUCACAUCAGUAGAGCAAAGUUUUGAAACUGAUGCCAUGACUGAAGACGGUGAGGAGGUCAAUGGUCCAGCUAGAGCUGAAAAUGAAGAAAUUGAUUCGGGGAAGAGCAACCAAAGCUUAGAUGAACUUCCAAGCAGCCUUAUAGUAGAUCCUGCUGCGCUCAGGAGUAGCAUUUCUAUCAGCUUAUGCCGCCAGUCUCAAGUUCUCCCAGAGCCACUUCUGUCUGAAUCCCCCAAAAUUGGAAAUACCAGGAAGAGUACGUCCAUCUCACCAUCAGCAUUUGCCUCGAGUCGGAACAAUGUUUCAGACAGCUCAAACUUCCACUCAGUUGGAAAAGCAAGUCAGUCGUUUAGGAGAAGUGAGCAGAUUAGAUCGUCACUUCGUUCAAGCAAGCUAUUGGGAGGUCCCACUGAUUCCCUGGCUGCUAGCCUUCAGAGGGGCUUGCAAAUAAUAGACCAUCACCAACGAGCCUCGCCACUAUCCACCAGAUCAUCAGCAUCCUUUUCUUUUGAACACUUUGCAUUGAAACCAACUGCUUCGGUUCAAAAGUCUGUAGAAUGUUCCCUCCCAUCUACUGAAGAAGAAGCCUCUUUACUUUGCUCAUCGUGUCGUGAAAAAGUCAUCGAUGAAACCUCCAAGACUACUCAGGCUGUGGCAGGAAGUGAAGUAGCCAUCACUGAUGAACUGAGCAAGCGUCCAAGUGGUGAUGACUUGGUGGAAGUUAGCACAAGAGAGAAGGAACUUGAAAUUCUUUGCAAAGAGCAGGCAGCAAAACUUGAGGAGCUAAAUAAGAUGGUUGAAGAAUACAAACACGUAGCAGAGCAACAGCCCUUCGAAAACGGCUACAUCCUAGCACUGGAAGCACCAUCCAAGCUUUUGAGAGCAAGUUCUAAAGACGCGUUGAUGAUGAUGGUAAAUGAAGAAUGUGAAGUGAAAGAAGUGGUUUCAGAUAAUGCCGACUCAAGUUCUGACACGAGGGAGAAAGAAGAACUUCUAACCGAAAUCGAGAGUCUCAAGGCCAAGUUGAAGAUGUAUACCGAUGCACCACUUUCAAUGAAGUCCACUGACUUGCUCAGAUCAUCUCUGCUGGCACGAUCCAUGCAAUUCCGGAAGAGCAUAGACAUGCGCAGCAACAACAGCUCCUUUUUCAACGACGUUGAAGAACUGGAGAAGGAAAGACAGAGGUGGACAGAAAUGGAGAGCGAUUGGAUCUCUCUAACCGAUGAGCUGAGGAUCGACAUCGAGUCCAGCCGUCGGCACGCAGAGAAAGUGGAAAUGGAGCUGAGGCUGGAGAAGGCGGUGACGGAGGAACUAGACGAUGCUCUCCACAGAGCCGUGGUUGGACAUGCAAGAAUGGUGGAGCACUACGCUGAUCUGCAGGAGAAGCACAACGACUUGGUGGCCAAGCACCGAGCUAUCAUGGAAGGAAUAGCCGACGUGAAGAGGGCGGCAGCCAAGGCAGGGAAGAAAGGCGGCCACCGGUUCGCCAAGUCGCUGGCGGCAGAGCUUUCGGCUUUGAGGGUGGAAAGGGAAAGGGAGAGGGAGUUGUUGAGGAAGGAGAACAAGAGCCUGAAGCUCCAGCUGAGGGAUACUGCUGAAGCUGUUCAUACUGCUGGGGAGAUUCUUGUCAGGCUGAGGGAAGCUGAGGAAGCAGCCUCGCUUGCUGAGGACAAAUGUGGGAGUGUUGGGCAAGAGAAUGAGAAGCUGAAGAAGCAGAUGGAGAAGCUGAAGAGGAAACACAAGAUGGAGAUGGUGACGAUGAAGCAGUAUCUAGCAGACAGCAGGCUGCCGGAGAGUGCUCGGCGGCCUAUGUACGACGACCAAGAAGAUUCGGAGUUGCCGGAGAGUAGCAUCCCAGAUGAUGAUCAGGCAUGGAGAGCCGAAUUUGGAGCCAUCUAUCAAGAUCAUCAUUACUGAUCGGACUGAUAAUUGGUUGAUUGAUUGAUUACUACUGAAGGUGGAGCUAGUUACUUUACUUCCCUUCAAGAAGUACAUCUCAUAUAGACAUUGUUUCAAGUCAAUUAGCAACGAAAUUUGAUUGAUUAGACCCUACUUGGGUCAGUGCUUGAAAGCUAUUUGUGUUGUGUUUGAACUUUGAAUUGUUUGUACAAGUGUGUUGAAUUCGAAAUUUCGAAUAGAAGCUCUCUCUAUUGUUUCUUUGAGGAUUACUAUAGGGGUAAAUUGCAAGGUUAGUCAAUGA